UUUUCAUGAACUGUAAAUACAUUCACAGAAGAGAAAAUGUGAUGUUACUUCAGCAGCGAUUAGUUGUCAUUCCACAUUGAUCUUUGGUUUUCCCAUACUUCUUUCACCAUGUUUCGACAAUUGAUUCUAUCCGCUCUAAUAAUACCUGUUAGUCGUGUCUACGGCUUCACUAUUUAUGAGAGAAAUGAACUAGACAACGCCCUAGGGGAAACGUGCAUAUCUUCUUUAGCAGCGAAUAUCGACUGCAUCGAUUAUGUUCGAGCCUUUAUGCAACUCAAGUACCACUCGUCUCUUGAGAGUGUCCAAUUGACCGAUGCUGUGUGUACUGCUACAUGUGCAUCAUCGCUGAAGAACUACUUCGACUCUGUAUCCGGAAGUUGCACUGGGAAAAGCUUGAGUGGUGCACCGCCUACGAAAUUUGGAGGCUACAUUUGGGCGGGUUAUAAUGAAACAUGCGUGAGAGACCCCCGAACCAAGAGUUACUGCAAUGACAUCAUAUCUAAUUUUACAGUUGUCGACGAUAUCACGCAAAUGCCACGCACCGAGCUGUGUCAUACUUGCCAUGUGAGACGCCUCGCAAUGAUGCAAUCGUCACAAUACUCUACCUACGAUGAGUUUUGGAAGUCUCAAUUGGAGUACAUUUACGCCCAAUGUGGAGGAAAUGGACCAACCACACUACCGCCGCCACUUGAGCAGCCGCAGCCAGAACCUGCGCCUUACUGUCUUACAGGCAAAAGAUAUACCACGAAGGCGGGAGAUACAUGUGAAUCGAUUGCAAACAGCACAAGCGUCUCAGCAGCAGCCCUGUAUAUGGGAAAUCAAGCAAUACUAAAAGAUUGUUCACUUGUCGAUCCGGGCAUCAAUGUUUGCCUUCCUGCAACAUGCCAAACUUACUAUGUCCGGCCGGACGAUACAUGCGUUUCCAUAGAACGGGGCCUAGGUCUGGAUUACGGACAGGUCCGAGAGUACAACUCUUGGAUCAAAUUAGACUGCUCGAAUCUCCAAGGCGCAACCAACUACUACGGGAAGAUCAUUUGUGUUUCUCCGCAGGGAGGAACUUGGUCGGGAACGAUACCUGCCCCUGCUCCUACUUCGAACCCCACUUUGCCUGACGGCUACUCCAACUUUGCGACCCCUCCGCCUUCUGGGGCUACGGUUGCAGAUGGUACUACGCUUAAUUGUGGGAAGUGGCACGUUGUCGUCGCGGGUGACUCUUGCAGCGGCAUCUGCCUCCAAGGUGGCAUAACUGCGGGACUGUUUCACUUGGUCAACCCAUCUACCACUAGUGAUAAUUGCGACUCUUCCUUGAAGGCUGGCAGUGCGCUAUGCGUGGGACCGACGUACAUGUGGAAUACGACGGUACCUAUCACUACGACGAUGGGAGGAUCGGCUCUUGGGAUGAGUACAGCCAAUAGCACUAGCAUCUAGAAUUCGGCAUGGGCUAUCUUUGAGUGUUUAUUUUAUAAUGAUGAGCUUGAAAUAUUGUUGAAUAGAAGAUACCGACGGUGGUAUACUACAGUACACAGCCAUAGGGCAGCAUAUUGUGCUAUAUACCGACGAGCUACGUAGUGAAU